GUGACUACCUGUAGGUCCUGAGGGGAGUCACAAUGAUGUCACUCUGAUGUCAGGAAGCUUGUGAAAGCUAAGGAGAAGGAGGAGUGCAGGCAGGAGGAGAGGGGAACUAGCAGCACUCUCCUGCUUACUGCUCAGAUUAAACAGAAGUCAUUCAGCUGCAGAACCUCCCUCUCUGCCCAGGGCUAGGCUGCUCUCCCCCUUCCUCACUCUGGGAUAAAGUCCUCCUUUUACUCUGCUCCCACACCUGGACACACGAAUACUCAGGAAAAGCACUCUGCGAAACGUGCCAGGACAUGGCUCCUCUAACAGACCUCUGCAAAUAUUGGAGCUUCCUGGCUUCCUUCUGUCUCAUGUCCAGCUUCUCUUAUGUGGCUAAUGCUCAAACUCCACCUUCCGGAUGUGGACAAGGCUUAGAUUCAUUGUACUAUAACUUGUGUGACUUGUCAGCAGUAUGGGGCAUAGUUCUACAAGCCUUUACUAGUGCUGGCAUUAUAUCCUCUUUCAUCCUCACCAUUGUCUUGGUAGCCAGCACUCCAUUCAUCCAAGACAAGAAGAAGAAAAGCAUGCUGGGUACUCAGGUGUUUUUUCUUAUUGGCACAGCUGGCCUUUUCUGUCUUGUCUUUGAUAUGGUGGUAAAAAAAGACUAUGCCACCUGUGCAUCACGAAGAUUCCUCUUUGGUCUGUUCUUUGCCAUCUGUUUCUCCUGCUUGGGGACACAUGCAGUGAAUCUAAACUACCUGGUGAGGAAAAACACUGGGCCUAGUGGUUGGUGGAUUUUUGGCAUAGCAAUAGCCCUUUCUCUAGUGGAAGUGAUUAUUAAUACAGAAUGGCUCAUUAUCACCAUCGUGCGUACAACUGGAGUGCCGCAGAUGCCAUGCAAUAUUGGAAAUGAGGACUUUGUAAUGGCACUUAUAUAUGUCAUGUUCCUCAUCCUGGCAGGAUUUAUGACCGCUUGGCCUGCCUUGUGUGGACGGUAUGGUCACUGGAGGAAGCAUGCCGUCUUCAUUAUCAUCACACUUUUCAUGUCCAUUUGCAUUUGGAUAGUCUGGAUUGUUAUGUAUGUCUAUGGAAACAUUCAGGCUAAAAAAUCUGUGUAUUGGGAUGACCCCACAUUGGCCAUUGCUCUAGUUUCCAACGCCUGGGCCUUCAUCUUCCUCUACAUUAUUCCUGAAAUUUCUCAGUUGACCAAACCAAGUUUAGAACAGUCAUUUGAAGAAGAGCUAUACCCCACUAGAGGGGUAGGUUAUGAAACCAUCCUCAAGGAACAAACAUCGCAGAGUAUGCAUGUGGAGAACAAAGCAUUUUCCAUGGAUGAGCCACAAACUGCCAAGAGGCCAGUGUCUCCAUACAGUGGAUACAGUGGACAGUUAAGAAGCAAUGUCUACCAGCCCACGGAGAUGGCACUUAUGAAUAAGAAUACGGGAGAAAUUCCAUAUGAUGUAAUAAUUCCAAGAGCCACUGCCAACACUCAUCCAGCUAUCAGCGGAAACUCCACAUUGAGAGCAGAGGACGCAUACUCUGCACAGAGCCGCCACAAUGCAAAUAAUGCUCAGCCAAACUCCCCGUACAGUCAGUGGUGAGAUCUGAUUCUACAACAACCAAAGCUGGAAAUCGCCCUUCCCUUUUCCAAAAACAAAAUCCGUUCCAAAUUAUUGGAUACACAGCUGACACUGUAAUUGCAGAACAUCUUUGAUAGAAAGUUCAGUACACUGUCAUUGGUGGUGGGCGUUCUUCAUCAUCAUCAUCAUCAUCGUACUGUUGAAAAGUAAUUAUUAUAAUAGGCUUGUAUGCAUUUUAUGCCAAAACAAGCAUUGUAUGUUGAGCAAAGUUCAUAUUUAUCAAUAUUCAGCAAUUCAAUUUCCAUUUCAUGUAUCACCGUCACAGGCGGCAUAGCAAAUGUUUAACAUGACCUCUAAAUAGAAGGGAUUAGAUGUCAUUGGAAGGUCAAAUUUAUUGAUAUCCGGUUAAUAUGGCGUUACAUUAUGCAACCACAUGCGGUUUGAUGCUUUAUUUGCACAGUCAUUUUUGAAGUUCAUCCUUUGCCUACAUGUCAUGCAGGCAGCCAUUUUGUGCUUCAUGUCUCAAUUAUGACACUAGUUUCUAGUGGAGUUAUAGACUGCAUUGUCAUGAUUAUUGUCUCACCACAAAAUGGCUUCCUCCACUGGGUGUUCUGACAGAUACAGUACACUAUAAGUGGAUAGCAAUAGACAACCUUUUAAGCCCUAUGGCAAUAUAAAGGUUAAAAAGCUGCUGCCAAAUUGCUACUGAAUAUCCUAGUGCCUUCAAGAAAACUUUCUAUUCUACAAGUCCGUUUAUUUCACCUGUUAUUUAUGGGGCAGUUUCUCUUACCUUUUAAAAAUGGAAAACAAAAUAACUAAUUUUUCUUGUGUAUAUUUUAUUUGAUAUUCUGUAUAAAAGAAAUGUAAAAACUUAUUUUUACACUAUAUUUUGCGUAUGAAUGUGAUUGUAUGUCUGUAUGUGGGAAUGCCCUGGUUGUUUGGAGAAUCAUGUGAUCUUUGAUCAUGUUUUCCCAGUUACCAGGUGCUGGACUCAUUCCCACACUGGUUUCUAUUUAAAUUGUCCAUGAAAAUUCUUUAAAUUCCUACACUCCAAAUGUGUUUUUGUGGCUUUAGAGAUUUCUUUGUUGUUUUUUUCUGGUUAAAGAAAAAUUAAACUCUUAUUUAAAUGAAAA